UAAUAUUAUGAAAAAUAAAACAUAAAACUUAUUAUUCAUAGCACAUAAAAAAAAUUAAAUAAGAUUAACUCGUUAGCUGUAUUAUAACUAUUUUAAACUUAUAUUGUUAUUACUAUUAUCUAAAAAGAAUCAUAAAAUAAACAAAUAUUAUGCUUCAUAAGACGUGUUCAGUAUCUUGUCUGUUGUUCAAAAACUUAAUGAUCCGUCCGGUGUUAAAAAUGCACGCUUCGUCGUUGGAUGCUAAAAUGAUGAACAAAGUAAUGGGUCUCCGUAAAAAAACUAAGAAAAAGAGCUGGUAUCAAUCGACUGUCGGAGCUAAUAGGUCGUUUGAAGAUAUCAUUAAACAAACGACUAAGAACGAGUCUGGUCGUAAUACUAACAAGCGAGUAAAUAUUUUAAAUAAUAUUCUAAUGAAAAAUAUCACCGACUUAAUGACUGCUGGUGAAUUAUUUGAUAAAAUCUUUGGAUAUGGUCUUGAAAUAACUAAAGUUAGUAUUUCAAGCGAUUAUAGAUUUGUCAAAGUUUUUUGGAUGUCAAAAGCAUUUGAGGAUGAGGCCAAAUUAGAUGAAUUACUGAAUAGCAUAAGUGGUGCGUUGAGACAUGAAUUAUCCAACUUACAAAUCAUGGGCGAAGUGCCAGUGUUAAAAUUUGUUAAGGAUAAGACUUUUGAUAAUAUUAAAGCAGUCGAUAAUUUAUUAAAGAAAGCAGAUUUUGGAGAAGAUUUUGUGCCAACCUGUCCUACAUUAUUGAACAAAUAUGAAACCAUUUACACAGUUAUUGAACCAGAAUUAAAAGUAAGAAUAAAUGAUCUAGAAGACAGUGAAAAUAUAAGCGAGGAACAAGAAGAAUUAAUACCUCCGAUGAAAAUGGACGUUAUGGGCUUAGAUCAUGCAACAAUUAUGUCUAGAAUAAAUGCAUCUCUUCAAAAAUCAAAAGCUGUCCAUCGGCAAUCAAAUAAUACACAGAACGUUAUGAAAAAUAUUGGUACUUCCAACUCUGAAGAAGAGCCACAAUAUAUGUCGUUUAAAGAUUUUGUAAAAAAAAGAAGAAUUCAACAAGCCAAAGCAUAUUGUAGCAGAAGAAGUAGAUCGAUCGAGAGAGACAUGUAUGAAGAAGACCUGAGGUCAUUUUAUAAUAAUAAUAAUACGACUGAUGAGAAUUUAGUAGACGAUGAAUACCCUUUUAAUGUUUAAUUAAUACUCAUUAAUGUUACUUUUGUCGUUCUUUGUAUUUAAUAAAUGUUUGUUUUAAUAGUGUUUA